AGCGGUGUGACGCGUGGCUUUACACUCCGUGACCUUUGACUGAGUGAGAUUAAAAGAUUAGAGUUUGUCUAUGGUGCUUGUGAAAAAAGUUUUUAAUUAAAAGUGCGUCUAAAGUCUUCCUUUAAAAAACCUUAAAAUAAAUUCAGUGGCGUUCUAUAUUUGUGAAUUUAAAAAAUCUGUUAAAUUAAGUAGAUUUUAAUUAGGUAACUAAUUAGCUUAGACAGUUGAUUUGGUACUGUUUCACAAGAAUUCAGAUUUAUGAUUAAAAAUACUAAAAUAAAAACGCUUAUUAAUCUUAACGGAAUUUUAGUGCAAACCUUUUUUAAAUAGGCCAUAACUGUGGAUAAUGUGAAAUAUGUAUUUAAAUUAACGGUUUGUGUCAGUUAUUUAAAAAAAUCUGUUACAAUUUUGUUAACAAAAUUUGUUAUGGAAUAAUAAUUAUUUAUAGUUUUCAUAAAAAUGUUACCCGUGUAUUCGGAAUUCAAAAUGGUGACUAUUUUAGUUCUGAAAAUGGCUGUUACACAAAUCUGGAAGCAUCUUACAGGAUUCUUAUAAGCUAGCCGCAAAGAGGUACACCGUUCGCACGUCCUCAGCGCGGCCAUCAUGAAGGAGAAAAGCAAGAACGCAGCAAGAUCCAGAAGAGAAAAAGAGAACGCUGAGUUUCUAGAGCUUGCCAAACUUCUGCCUCUGCCCUCUGCUAUCACCUCACAGCUGGACAAGGCGUCAGUUAUAAGAUUGACCACAAGUUAUUUGAAAAUGAGACAAGUAUUCCCGGAUGGUCUUGGCGACGCGUGGGGUGCUGCACCACCACCACCACAGCCGCGGGAGCUCUCCAUCCGGGAGCUGGGCUCGCACCUGCUCCAGACCCUGGACGGGUUCAUAUUCGUCGUGGCACCAGACGGGAAGAUCAUGUACAUCAGCGAAACUGCGUCCGUACACCUCGGGUUGAGUCAGGUGGAGCUGACCGGUAACUCUAUCUACGAGUACAUCCACCAAGCAGAUCACGAAGAGAUGAACGCGGUGCUGAGUCUGCAGCAUCCUCACACUUACAUAGUGCCGCCGACGCUCGGGUACCCAGUGGGGGGCACGUGGAGCCCCAACGUGGAUAUCGAGUGCGAGCGAGCCUUCUUCAUCCGGAUGAAGUGCGUGCUCGCCAAACGAAACGCCGGCCUCACCACCUCCGGGUACAAGGUGAUCCACUGCUCGGGGUACCUGCGCGCGCGGAGGUUUGGGGAGGCGACGGCACCCCUGGGGCUGGUGGCGGUGGGGCACUCCCUACCCCCCUCCGCGGUCACCGAGCUCAAGCUGCACUCCAACAUGUUCAUGUUCAGAGCUUCCCUCGACAUGAGGCUCAUCUUCUUGGACGCUAGGGUGGCGUCGCUGACUGGCUACGAGCCGCAGGACCUCAUAGAGAAGACGCUGUACCACUACAUACACGGCACCGAUGUGCUCCACAUGCGCUACUCGCACUGCACGCUGUUAACAAAGGGGCAAGUGACGUCACGCUACUACCGCUUCCUGACCAAGUCCGGCGGCUGGGUGUGGAUGCAGAGCUACGCCACCAUCGUGCACAACUCGCGCUCGUCGCGCCCGCACUGCAUCGUCUCCGUCAACUACGUGCUCAGUGACAUCGAAGAAAAGCACCUAAUACUAAACAUAGACCAAGGACCACCGAAAAUGAACCACGCAGACAUUCCCGCAGCGACCCACGGACCAACAGACUCCCCCCAAAUUCCCCCUAGACACGAAAAAAUAAACCACCUCAACGAGAACGACUUCAACACAGACUCCAGCGGGGGGUACAACUACCCCGAAUACACCCUACCCGUCAUCCCUUACGACAACCACGAAGAAUACCACCAAAACGGUUCGUACCAGGACCUUUUAUUUUACGAAAACUACGUGGAACCGGAAGUUGUACCGAAUAACUACGUCUACCCUCAAAACCAGAGACCGUUUUCAGCCAGCUCGUCAUCCUGCAGCUCAAUAGAAAGUUCAGAAGUCAAUCAGUAUAACUACACCAAUUUAAUUUCCUUUUACGGUCACAAUCAACAAAAUGGACGGCCGGUGGAAAAUUUUGGGGGUAAUUUUGGUAAAAUCACCCCCAACCCUCAAGUGCAAGAACAACCCUACACAAGUGUCAUAGUGGACAACACGCAACAGUUCCACCAUCAUGGCGGUGGGGUUAACGAGUUCGUGCAUUGAUAACGUUAUUCUUAAAUGUCGUUACUGUAACGUAACAUCGAUGCACUAGUGUUGUGAUAUUUUCUGAAAGAAAUAUUUCAUACUUGCCUUAGACCAAUUAUUGUAUAGAACCUGUCUCGCUAGACGUUACUUCUGUCAAAGUAUAUGAUCAACGAUCUAAUGCGAUUAUAAAAACUGUCUCUAUAGUAUCGAUGUUUCAUAGUUGUAAUCGUGUUCGUCGGUUAAAGAGCUCCGUAAAAAUACCUUUUUGUGUAGUUUAAUGGUGCAAAAAACAGGCAAAGACUUUCUAGUUUAGUAUAUGAUAUAUACCAAAUCUAAGCUCGUUUUCUUCGAAAAUAACAGACAAGUUCGUAAGUUUGGGAGCGAUACUGGUUGUUCUAUAAUUGGUUUAAGGUACUUAAUUGCGUGCACGUACACAUUAAAAAUACAGUAGGUAACAGGUUUUUUUAUCUUCUUUUUUUAUUGAGAAAGAAUACACUAAGAACCUUAUAACUGUACAAAUUAUGCCCACGUGGAAUGGUGGCAAAUACUGCAUUUCUGCGCUAGACAUUUUUAUUAAAAUAGUAAUUAUUAUUUACCUACUCUGUGAUUGUGAUUGUGGAUAUUAUAGUUGACAGUAUAAUAUCCACAAUGUAAGAUCUGUAACUUUAAAAAUAACGUAUUUAUUAUGUAUUUUAGUAUAUUUGAGGAAGUAUUAUUUAUAGUUUGUUGUGACUGAAUUUCACUGAUGAGUAUAACGCAAUUGAAAUUAAAUUUAUGUUUAUAAAAUAACUUAAUUUAAACAUUUAAAAAGGUUAAAUAAACAUUUUAAUCAUCUGUGUUUUAAAUUGUAAGUUAUAUUAACAAAUAAAGAAGUACGUAACGUAUUUAAACAAAACGAAACAAAAAAUAUCGUUUAUAAUAUUACCUAAUUAAGUGCCAAAAAUGUAACGGUUAUUGUAACGGUUUUUUAUGAUAUCGUGACGGACAUCACCGAAAAUAAAUAAUUAUAAAUUGUAAAUAAUGUAAAUAUUUAUUAAAUUUAAUUUAUAAAUUAA